AAAAAAAAAGGCUUGCAGGCAGCUCAGUGUCUCAACCCAUCCUUAUAAUUAUAUAUAGUGUUUUGCCAGCAAGAGCUCAUUGACUGUCUUCAUGAUGACCAUCAUCUCUCUGCUCCUGCUGGCCUCUCUGCUGCCACACCUGACAUUCACUGCUCGUGUGAAUGUGGGUAUAGUGAACGGCACAAAAGCAAAACCCCACUCCAGACCUUACAUGGUUUCUCUUCAGAUUUUUGGGCAACACAUCUGUGGUGGAUUCCUCAUCUCUGAUGAGUUUGUUAUGACUGCUGCACAUUGCUGGAAAGGAUAUCCAAAUAUUCUGACGGUUGUGGUUGGUGCUCAUGACUUAAGGAACAGUAAGAAUUCAUACCGCAUUGAAGUGAAGUCCUACAUCCCACAUCCACACUUUACAUCCUGUUCACUUCAGAAUGAUAUCAUGCUUUUGAGGCUACAGGAAAAGAUCAAACUAGACAACAAUGUUACAUGGAUAUCAUUACCAAAGGAAGGAGAUGUUGAUGGAGAUAUUCUCUGUAGUGUUGCGGGCUGGGGACAAUGGAAGACUAAGGGCCCAUUGAGUAGGUAUCUUAUGGAAGCAAACACGACUACAAUAAACCAUGUAGAAUGUCAACAUAAAUGGGGAUCCAAGUACUUGGCCUCGCAGAUGAUCUGUGCACAUGGUGAUGGAGGAUCCUGCAUAGGAGAUUCAGGAGGUCCUUUGGUUUGUGGAGACACUGCAGUUGGUGUCACAUCUUUUGCGUACCGUAAAAGCUGCAAUUCAGCUGAGCAUCCUAAUGUCUACACUAAGAUUUCAGCAUAUCUUCCAUGGAUUCACCAAAUUAUUAGAAAUAUUAAGUGAAUUAAUGAAAAAAUGAAGGAAGAUUUUUUUUUCUCUCUUGAAUUCUUCUGUAAAUCUUUCAAUAAAAGAGUCACAUGGCAAUCAA